AUGGAUCCUUCUGGUGCAAAACAAUUCGUACUGACAUGGAACAAUUCUGUACAGUAUGAUACGACUGGAACUUGGGACGGCAUAAUUUUCAGUGGAAUUCCAGAAAUUUCAGAGAAACAUAUUUACAAUGUCAGCGUUGAAGGUAAUAGCUCUGGUUUGUAUUUCACUUAUACUUUGGUUCCUAACUUUAAUGCUCUCGCACGCUUCGUCGUAACUAAGUUCGGACAAGGGCAACAGUUUUCAUUCGAAAGCACUGGUUGGAACAUGUUCUGGUCUGUGCCCAGAGAUGCAUGCGCCGUAUAUGGUCCCUGUGGUCCGUACGGAACCUGUGACUCGAGAAAUCUGGCGCUCUGCAGCUGUGAAGAAGGCUUCAAACCCUCAGACAAUCACGCCUGGGUUUCGCAAGAUUGGGCGUCUAGUGGCUGUGUUCGGCAGAGCCCGUUAAACUGUAGCACUGACCGAUUCAUCGACCUUGGUGUAACGUUGCCUGAUGAUGGCGCUUCGUCAUACCCUGAAACCACAAAAAAAGAUUGCAAGGAAACCUGCCUCUGCAACUGCUCAUGCACCGCGUUCGCUUUCAAUCCGCCUUCAGGGCCGUGCCAAAUCUGGUCCGGAGAUUUGCUAAACAUGCGCAACUCUACUCCAUCAAAAAUCAAUUCAAAUGUCUUCAUUAGAGUAGGUGCUUCUCAACUUUCAAUGAAACGCAAAACCACAAGUAUUGUAGGCGUCGUGCUUGGUAUCGUUGGUGCACUCACUGUUGCCCUAGGUAUCUGUUCAUUUUUACUUUGGCAGAAGCAUCAGCAGCGAUCGAUGGAUAGGCGUGCAGAUUCCUCGGACUCCUUUCUGAGAAUGUCUAGUUACAAGGAGUUGAAGAUUGCAACCAGGAAUUUCAGGUCUGAGUUGGGAAGCGGAGGAUCCGGCUCAGUGUUCAAAGGAUCUCUACCAGACGGAUCAAAACGAUUACUGAUUUAUGAUUACAUGCCCAACGGCUCUCUGAAUUCCAUGUUGUUCACAAGUAAUGCUAAAAGUAAGGGGAAGGUACUCGACUGGAAAACCCGAUUUGAGAUCGCAUUAGGCACUGCCAGAGGGUUACUCUAUCUUCACGAGGAAUGCAGAGGUUACAUCAUUCACAGCGAUGUUAAGCCCGAAAACAUUCUGUUGGACGGUGAUUUGUCACCGAAAUUGGCCAAUUUUGGGUUGGCAAAGCUUAUGGGUAGAGAUUUGAGCCGCGUUCUAACCACUACAAGAGGAACGAGAGGUUACUUGGCUCCAGAAUGGGUCUCUGGUCUACCCAUCACUCCCAAGGUUGACGUCUACAGUUUUUGUAUGACGCUCUUGGAAAUCAUUUCGGGGUGA